AUGCCAUUGCACCUGCUAGGCAAGAAGUCAUGGAACGUUUACAACCCCGAGAACAUUGCCCGCGUCAAACGCGACGAGGCCCAGGCGCAGGCGCGCGAGGAAGAGGAAGAGCGCCGCAUGCAAGAAAUUGAUGCGCAGCGCCGCAUUCAGAUAUUACGUGGAGAGCGUCCUUCUACUCCUCCACCCCCGCCGCCGUCACAUACCGCAGCCGACCCGGUAUUCCGACAAGACCGAAAGCCAAUAGACGAUGCAGGACGUUACCGCAAGAGACGGCGUCUUGCCGGGGAGGAUGACACCGAUCGAGAUAUCAGAUAUGCACGGGAAGAUGCAGCACAAGCAAAUGCAAAGCGCGAAGAGUUACUCAUUGCCUCUCGUCGGGACCAAGAAGCAGAGGCGCCGCUGUUGGAUAGUGCCGGUCACAUCAACCUCUUCCCCAGGCAGGCCCGAACAAGCAAGCCGAAAAAAACAAAGAUGCAGAGGCAGAAUUAG